AUGCCUGGAACAACUCCUAAUUUCUUUUUUCUCUUACAGUUUUCUGACAGCCCCCGGGUUACAACAGGUGACUAUGUUUCAUCUGACUAUGAAAUUCCGGAGAUCUGUGAAGUCAGUGGCAUUACAGAAUUCAGCAGAAUCUUUCAACCAUUUAUUCAAAUACUUGUAUUAUUGAUUGGCGUGUGUGGCAAUACCUUGGUCCUCCUUACAUAUGGAUUCUCCCGUAAGGUUAAAUCUAAGACUGACAUCUAUCUUAUUAACCUGGCCAUAGCCGACCUCCUUCAGCUCAUGACACUUCCAUUUUGGAUAACCAGCGCUAUUAAUGGCUGGAUGUUUGACAAUACGAUGUGUAAGCUUGUACAAGGUGUGUUCGCCAUUAACUUCUUUAGCGGAUUCUUGUUCCUAACUUGCAUCAGUGUGGACCGUUAUCAUGAAAUUGUCCUGGCUGUGGAGGCUCACACAAGGCGGCAAAUGUCCAUCUGUCACAGCCAAUGCAUCUCCUUUGUUGUCUGGAUAUUAUCAGUCUUGCUUAGCAUUCCUGAAUUCAAGUACAGUAAGUCACAAAAUCUAGAUGGUUCAGAAAUCUGCAAAAUGAUCUUUCCAGAAGAAGAAACCAGUACAAUGAAGAGUAUCUGUAACUUCUUUCAGAUUGUCCUUGGCUUCAUUUUACCUUUCUGUGUGAUGAUUGUAUGCUACUUUUCUAUUAUCAAGACCCUAUUUUCUUGUAGAUGUUUUAAGAAACACAAAGCCAUGAAGGUCAUCAUCUCCAUUGUGCUAGUCUUUGUGGUCUUCCAACUCCCUUACACAUUGGUCACUUUCAUGGAGACCACCGACUUCAUAGGAAGUAUGCAGAUGAGCUGUGAAGUAAGAAAACGUAAUAUUGCCAUCAUCAUCACCAGCAAUCUGGCAUUCACUCGUUGCUGCAUCAACCCAAUCCUCUAUGCAUUUGUGGGUGUUAAAUUCAGAAAGGACAUAUUGCUCAUGCUGAAGAAUUUUGGAUGCACCUCUAGAGCAAGUGACAUUAGACACCGUGGAACAAGCCGACGUUUCAGCACACCCUGCAACAAUAGAAACCAGUAG